AGUUUUGGCGCCACUUGCUAGCGGAAGUGGUGCUAGGCCUUUUUUUUUCCUGCAGGAAGCUUCUUGUUUUGUUUUGUUUUGUCUUUUGUUUUGCUAACUUCGAUCAUCCGAAACCCGUCCGAAACGUCGGCGGUUAUUUCGGCCCGAUGCGGGGAGAAGAGUCGUCCGAUUCGGAGUCAGGCCGGAUGGAGGAGAGCGUCGUCCGGAGGAGUUUGGAGACAUUAUGUCAGGAGCUCAACAUGGACGAACACACGGCCACCGAGGCCCUCGAAAACUUCACGGCCAUAUGGAACACACACACGCUGGAGGGCGAUGUGGUCCACUGGCUGGCGUGCUCGCUUUAUGCGGCCUGCAGGAAAGGAUCCACGCCAACUGUGGGCAAAGGCCUAAUGGAGGGGAACUGCGUGUCACUCACCCGAAUUCUUCGCACCUCCAAACUUAGUUUGAUUCAGUUCUUCUCCAAGAUGAGGAAAUGGGCUGACAUGUCCAGCCUCCCGCAUGACUUCCGCCUGCGCAUGGAGCAGCUGGAACGCAACUUUGAGGUCUCUACGGUGAUAUUCCGCAAGUUUGAGCCCAUUUUCAUGGCCAUGUUCCAAAACCCGCUGGGAGGGGAGCCGCCGCCUCGCCAGUCCCGCGGCAGGAAACACAGGCGGUUGCCGUGUCACAUCAGCGAUGUAUUCAAGUUUUGCUGGACCCUCUUUGUCCAUACCAAAGGUAACUUCCAUAUGAUCGGUGAUGACCUGGUGAACUCAUACCACCUGCUGCUCUGCUGUCUGGACCUGGUCUUUGGAAAUGCUCUAAUGUGCGCAAACAGGAAGGAGCUCAUCAACCCCGCCUUUAUUGGCACGACCACAAUGUUGGGCGCGGAUGGUCACAUGUCGACAGACGAGCCGCCUCCAUGCGUGCUGGAGCGGUUGUGUGAGCUGCACGACGGGCUGGUGGUGGAGGCCAAGGGCAUCAAACAGCACUACUUCAAACCAUACAUCCAGAAGCUAUUCCACAGACAGAUCCUGAAAGGCAAUGACGAGCUUUUGACUGAACUUUUGGAUCCUCAAAACUUUAUUGACAACAACAAAGCCUUAAACCGAGAGUACGAGGAGUACGUGCUGACGAUGGGAGAUUUUGACGAGCGCAUUUUUCUGGACGCUGACGCCGACGAGGAAAUUGGAACACCGAGGAAAAGUUUCCAUCAAACCUCUGCCAGCCAGAUGAGCGUCCAGAAGCAGCUGCAGCAUCACGUAGAGAAGUCUGUCUCUCUGGCGCCCUCCACCCCGCUCACGGGGCGUGUCUACCUGAAGGAGAAGGAUCUGCUGGUCACGCCUGUCUCCUCGGCAACGCAAAGUGUCAGCAGACUGCAGAGCAUGGUCGCUGGGCUAAGGACCGCCCCCAGCGAGCAGCUGAUGCAGAUUUUCAAGUCCUGCUCGAGAGACCCGACGGAGUCCAUAAUGGCUCGGGUCAAGACCCUCGGAAACACCUUCAAAGAACAAUUCACCAAUGACUCGGAGGAUUCGUCCGGAUCGCACAUCGACUUUGCAGAGAGCCGUCUGAAGCUGGCUGAGAUCCUCUUCUACAAAGUUUUAGAGACUGUCAUGGUGCAGGAGACCAAGAGGCUACAAGGCAAAGACAUGAGUGCGUUACUCGAGCAGGACAUCUUCCAUUGCUCUCUGCUGGCGUGUUGUUUGGAAGUUGUCUUGUUCUCCUACAGCUCCCAGAGGACAUUCCCGUGGAUCAUCAACGUCUUCAAACUGGCCCCCUUCUACUUCUUCAAGGUGAUCGAGGUGUUCAUCCGCUCAGAAGAAGGUCUGUCCAGAGACAUGGUGAAGCACCUGAACCAGAUCGAGGAGCAGGUUCUGGAGAGCCGGGCCUGGACGUCAAACUCUGCUUUGUGGAGCGCCUUGGGGGCCGCCGGGAACAAAGUGCCCACUGUGGAGGAGGUAAACUUCCCCUCCAGUCUGGACUCGGGGAGUUCGGCUUCCACUGGCACUGCUCAGCCUCACCUCCCUCUCGUCGCUCUCUCUCCCAUUGUGCAUCCUCGCAUCAGAGAGUUCCGAUCCGGUCUGGGAAGCACACGCAAAGACGUGCCGCCAUCUCCAUUGUCGGUGCUGGACCGCUACAGCUCCCCGGCCGCUGGCAGCGCAAAACGACGUCUGACGUUCAGCUCCAGCAGCACCUUGAAAAUCGGCCCUCAGGGGACCCAGACGACGAUUCUAAGCAUCCCGCUGCAAGGCGGAAGCAACGAGCACACCAUCACGCUGAUUCCAUUUCAGCCGUGCGACUCGUCUGGAACCGUCACCGCCCAGUUUCUCCUGACCACCUCCCCCAGUCGCCUCGCACCCCCGCCUGUUACCGCUGAACCCCCAACGGGAAGCGGUCGCCCGCAACGCACUGGGUCUCUGGCCCUCUUCUUUAGGAAGGUGUACCACUUGGCCAGCGUCCGUCUGAGGGACUUGUGUGCCAAGCUGGACAUCUCGUCUGAGCUGCGGGCCAAAGUCUGGACGGGCUUUGAGCAUUCUCUGGUCAACGCCACUGACCUGAUGCGGGACCGCCACCUAGACCAGCUGCUCUUGUGCAGCAUUUACAUAAUUUGCAAGGUCUCCAAGGAGAUGCACUCCUUCCAGGACAUUAUGAAGUGUUAUCGCAGCCAACCACAGGCCAGCAGCCACGUGUACCGCAGUGUCCUCCUGCACAGCGCCCCCGCGCAGCCGCAGGUGUCGGAUGAGAACAUGGAGGUGGAUCCCGCGUCGGGCGCAGAAUCUGCGGAGAAAGUCUGCCCCGCCUCUGACGGAGGAGUCCACAAGUCAGGCGAGGAGGAGCGCGGCGACCUCAUCCAGUUUUACAACAACGUUUACUUCUUGAAGAUGAAAAGCUUCGCCAUGCGAUACGCCACCCACGAUAACAAAGUGGACGCCCCGCCUCUCUCGCCCUUCCCGUCAGUUCAAGCUCAGCCACUUUCUCCUCGCCGCGUCUCCCAGCGUCACUCCAUCUAUGUAUCGCCACACAAAGGCUCCACCGGCAGCCUGACGCCAAACUCCCUCAUGUACCGCAUCAACAGCAGCCCCUCUAAGGAGCUCUCAGACAUCAACAAGAUGAUACGGCAGGGCUGCGCUAGCCGUAAAAGGGCCUUCAACAUGGAGGGCGACUUGAUGAUGUCAUCAGCGUGUGACUCUCCCAGCAAGAGGGCGUGUCCAGAGAACAGCAGCAGUCCUGACGUGCUGCUGAAGCGGCUGCAGGACGUCGUGUCGGAGCGCCAGAGCCACUGAUGGACCACUUAUGUGAACACGACUGCCGCUUAUGGAGCUAAUGCUGAUAUGACCAGUGGUUAUGGAGCUAAUGCUAAAAUAUAGCUAAUGCUAACAUUUCAGCAUGACCAAUGUUAGCCAAUGCUUACAUGAUGGCUAAUUAUGGCACUAAUGCCAACACGUCCACAUGACCAGUGGCUAUGGAGCUAAGGCUAACAUGUUGCUAAUGCUGAAAUGUCAACAUGAUUGACCGCGACAGAAAUUAUUAUCUCGAUCGUGAGUAGGCAUUUUCGAGCUACUAUGCUAACACAAUCUGUCGGCGCAGAACUGCCAUUAUCUGUUACGUGACUGGUCGUUUAGAGGCUAACGUCUACAAGAAAAUAUCUGUCGUUCUGGAAUUACAAUGUUAAUAGGGAUUUUGACGGACUCUUAAGAAAUACUUUUGAAAUGCAUAUAACUGUGUUGCGUAAAGCGCCAUUUCCCGCCAAAUCUUCGUAGGGUAAUUUAGCGCGAUGCUGACUGUUAGCAGAGCAGCAAGCACAUUAAUUGUAUGUUUUAAUUUGGUAGGCCUGUCAAUCAAAAGAUUGGCCGUUAUCAAGGAACGCGUUCGUCGACUGUUUUAUACGUUUAGUCAAAUCUUUGAGACGUUUUUACUGUUUUUAUUUAAUGUGCUUCUUAAGUAUUUAAUGUUGUAAAGAACAACACACUUGUUUCUCCACUGAGUUUAAUCUUUAAUUUACCUCUGUCGUGUCUAACAUUGUAGUUUUGAGCUGGCUUGUAUUAUACAUAAAGAGGAUAUUUUAAUUGAAGUGAUUGCAAUCCGGGCGGACGUUUGUCUUAAAAAUGGAGGGAAAAAACAAUGUAAUUUGUACUUACUGUAACACAAGUUCCACGCAUUAAAACCACACCUUA